ACCGGUCGGCAUCAGUAGUUCGGUUGACAUCGUCGUGAGUGUACUUUUGAGUGCUUAAGCUUUCUUUCGGUUUUUUUUUUUCGGAAAACAGUUAGUGUCGGGGGAAAAUGUCGCACAGAGCUUGUCCGAUGAAAAAUGGGCACAGUGGUUGCAGUAGUGACUUUGAGUCGUACUUUGUGAGGCCGGAUUUGACCUCCAGGUGUACCUGGAAGCUGGGAACGACCGAAGCCAGUCCGCACCAGAACCGACCACCAAUUUACAACGAGAAAGCCAUCAACAACAUCUUGGAAGCAAUCGGAAAUACUCCCCUCGUGAAGUUAAACAAACUUCCUAAAGAAUUUGGAGUAAAAUGCAACAUUUACGCCAAAUGCGAAUUCCUGAACCCGGCCGGCUCGGUCAAGGACCGCAUCGGGUUGCGCAUGAUCGAGGAAGCUGAGGAACGUGGUCUGCUGAAGCCCGGGUCCACCAUCGUGGAACCAACUUCGGGCAACACCGGUAUCGGGCUGGCCCUGGGAGCGGCCGUCAAGGGUUACAAGUGUGUCAUCGUUAUGCCGGAGAAGAUGUCCAACGAGAAGGUUGACACCCUGCAGGCGCUGGGAGCCGAAGUGAUCCGCACACCGAACGAGGCGUCCUUCGAUCAUCCUGAAGGACUGAUCGCCGUCGCUCAGCGACUUCAACGAGAGAUACCUAACGCGGUUAUCUUAAACCAGUACACCAACUCGGGCAAUCCUUUGGCGCACUACGACGGCACGGCAUCGGAGAUCAUCCGACAGCUGGAUGGGAAGGUCGACAUGAUCGUAAUGGGAGCCGGAACCGGCGGCACUGCCACCGGAUUGGGUCGUAAAGUAAAGGAACACAAUCCCAACUGCAGGGUUGUCUGCUCGGAUCCUCUCGGCUCGAUUCUGGCCUUCCCGGCAAGCUUGAACAAAACCGACUGCAAGUUCUGGGAAGUGGAAGGCGUAGGGUACGACUUCGUGCCGACGGUUUGCGAUCGCAGCGUGGUGGACGAGUGGAUCAAAUACGGAGAUAAGGACGCAUUCCAAACUGCUAGGAAGAUGAUCGCCGAAGAGGGUCUGCUGUGCGGAGGAAGCGCCGGAGGAAACAUGUGGGUUGCACUGCAGGCCGCAAAGAGCCUUGACGAGGGUCAAAACGUGGUGGUUAUCCUACCGGAUAACAUCCGGAACCACCUGACGAAGUUCGUUUCCGACAACUGGAUGGAGGCGCGCAACUUCAAGGAAUGCGUCAAUGUUCAGAAACACAAAUGGUGGAACCAGAAGGUUUCGACGAUCGAUAUGGCCACACCGGUCACGAUCACGGUGGACGUCUCGAUCCAAGAGGCCGUCCGGAUCAUGAAGAAGGACAAAUUCAACCAACUGCCGGUGAUCAACCACGACGGAAGCAUCCGGGGAGCGGUCUACUUGGCGAACCUUAUCGGAAAGCUGCUGAACGGAAUGGUGCAGCCGGGUGAUCCGGCUUCCCGGGCCAUCUACAAGCAGUUUGUGAAAAUCGACCGGAACUGUACGAUGGGAAGGGCUGCUCGCAUCCUGGAGAAGGAUCCGUUCGUUCUGGUGACGGAUCUUGGGGUGGACAAUGGCCAUGUGGAACCAACGGAGAAAGUGGUUGGAUUAAUUACACAGCGUGAUAUUUUACAUUACAUCACUGAUGCUUAAGUGAUGGGAUUUUUUUUUGUGAUCAUAUGAAAUUAUAGCAUAUAAGGACCAAUUAUUGAAAUGAUUAUUAGGAAUAAUAA